GAUAUAUGUCUGGACUGUAUUCGAUGUUUCUUUUUCUUUUAUAAACCAUUUAAUUUUACUUUAAGACUAAAGAAAAGCAAGAACCUGUGAAAGGUUGUAUAGUUCAUGUCUCUGUUUUUCUUUCUUCCGGAUUUUCACAUUGUAUAUGAUUGAUAAAGCAAUUUGUUUAUGGUAUAGCUUAACCAACAUAUUUUGUAGACUCUGGAAUGUUUUCAAUGAUUAAAGCUUUAGGAUUUAGAAUAGGCUCUAGUCUGUGUUUUAAGAAAUUGUCUUACUAUCAUUAUGGUAAAAAGAAGGAUCAAGCUCUUUUUAAAACGGAAAUAAGCCAUGAGUCACAUACUAAGUUUAUUCAAGAUCACACAGUUGGAAUGUUGCAGAUUUUAUUAAAAGAAAUAAAAUAUGUCAGAAAGGACAAAUAUAAUAAAUUGUACGCAGGAAACUGCUAUAUUUUUUUUUCAAUAUUAAAUUCUUUGGUUACAGGACGAAUUCAUGGGCUGUUUUCUUAAUACUUAAAUAUAUUCUUUGCACGGAAAGAAGGUAUAUGUAAUAGAGAGAGAGUUUAAUGUUAGCAAUAUCAAUUUCUGCUUAGACAAGAGAAAAUACAUGAAACUCUUGUCAAGAACACGUGUAUCAUUGUUCAUGUAAUGAAGAGAUUCUGAUUACAGAUACUAUAUUUGUCGUUUUAUGACUGUCGGCUAAAUACAAGUGUCAUAAUGGCGGUCCCUGUCCACACGAGACCCCGUCUAUCAUUUUCACCCCGUGAUGUCACAGGUCAAAAUGACAAACUCGUCUGGAACCUCAGCUUUAAGAAAACCAUAUAUUAGACCAGUGUGCUUCGAGUCAAUAUUCAGAAGAAUAUCACAAUGGUCAGCUGGGUAGUUGUUCAGGUGUUUUUGCUUGCUGUCCACUUGGCCAAAUUUGUCCGGAGCCACACACACUCCUGUCCACAAGUAUCUAAUAUUCCUGUCCAGUCUGAGUUUGAUUUCAAUAGAUUUUCGGGAGGACAAAAAUGGAACCUUGUCCUGUACAACAAAAUCAUGCCUAUUGAGGGAUUAGAGAUGCCGGUAGACAAAUCUGAUAUCGCCUUUCUCUUUACUAGGAAUGCUAGUGAUGCACAGGUUGUCAGUAUUGAGGGGAGAGUAAGUUUGGCGCCCUCUCUUGCAUUCUGCCUGGACAUCACGGGGUCUGUCAGCAAUCUCCCGGGACAUCCAGCCAAACUCCGACAAUCUUACUACAACCCAAUGACAAAGAAGAUAUUCAGCUUUAAUUUCUGGGUUCUACACACGGAUUACAAGAACUUGGCUGUAGUGUACGACUGUGAAAAGACUAUGACGGACGGAACAUGCAGUCCCGGCAAUAUUUAUCUCUGGACUUUGUCCAGGGGAACUAAACACACGGUUGUGGAAAAGGCAAAAAUCAAAGAAUUGGGAGACGCAGUGUGUAUGGAUGUUUUGAAUCUCCGUCAAGUGAAACAUAAUUCUACAUGCCCAACAGUUUAAUGGCAGAAUUAAAUUUUCUCGUUACCCUUUUGUGUGGAUGUGUUUAUCGUAUAACCAUGAUUUUUACCUUAAUCUUUGAUCCCGUUAUUUUGUUAUGAUUUUAAAUAAUGUAUGUGUCUCAUUUCAAAUAUCGUUAUCAGGGUCAUAAUCAUUGUUUUACAGUUGAUCUGCACGUAGC